GCACGAGCAGGUGGGAGCCGCCGAGGGGCGAGGCCGCCCGCGGGGGCGCCAGGCGGCGGGCACUGCACCGCGCCCCUGUCCACGGUGCGCGCUCGCGGUGCGCACCGGGCGUCCUCGACUCUCGCGCGCCUAGCCUGCUCCGGCCCUACCUGCGGCGGCCGUCCGGGGCGCGGAGCCCCCAGCGCUGCCGAGCCGCAUGAACAAUAGGCGGCGGCGGCUCCCGCGGGCGGCCGCCCCGCACCCUAUGGACCGGCCGCUCCAUGGAGUCCUCCAGAUCGCUUCUCGGCUGCCUGGCGAGCGCCGCUGCGGCCCCGCCGGGGGAGGAUGCCACGGGUGCUGGGGCCGAAGAGGAGGAAGACGAAGAGGAGGCGGCGGCCGAGCUGGGAUCUCAUGCCACGCUGCCCUACUGGACCGCUGUGUUCGAGUACGAGGCGGCAGGCGAGGACGAGCUGACCCUGCGGCUGGGCGAUGUGGUAGAGGUGCUGUCCAAGGACUCGCAGGUGUCCGGCGAUGAGGGCUGGUGGACCGGACAGCUGAACCAGCGGGUGGGCAUCUUCCCCAGCAACUACGUGACCCCGCGCAGCGCCUUCUCCAGCCGCUGCCAGGCGGGCACGGAGGACCCCAGCUGCUACCCGCCCAUUCAGCUGUUGGAGAUUGAUUUUGCGGAGCUAACCCUGGAGGAGAUCAUCGGCAUUGGAGGCUUUGGGAAAGUCUAUCGUGCUUUCUGGGUAGGUGAUGAGGUGGCCGUGAAAGCAGCUCGCCACGACCCUGAUGAGGACAUCAGCCAGACCAUAGAGAAUGUUCGCCAAGAGGCCAAGCUCUUUGCCAUGCUGAAACACCCGAACAUCAUUGCCCUCAGAGGGGUGUGCCUGAAGGAACCCAACCUCUGCUUGGUCAUGGAGUUCGCUCGUGGAGGGCCUUUGAACAGAGUGUUGUCUGGGAAGAGGGUUCCCCCGGACAUCCUGGUGAACUGGGCCGUGCAGAUCGCCAGAGGGAUGAACUACCUACAUGAUGAGGCGAUCGUGCCCGUCAUCCACCGAGACCUUAAGUCCAGCAACAUACUGAUCCUGCAGAAAGUGGAGAAUGGUGACCUGAGUAACAAGACUCUGAAGAUCACUGACUUCGGGCUGGCGCGGGAAUGGCACCGGACCACCAAGAUGAGUGCGGCGGGGACAUACGCUUGGAUGGCGCCUGAAGUCAUCCGUGCUUCCAUGUUUUCCAAGGGCAGCGAUGUGUGGAGCUAUGGAGUACUGCUUUGGGAACUGUUGACUGGCGAGGUGCCCUUCCGGGGCAUUGAUGGCUUAGCAGUGGCUUAUGGUGUGGCAAUGAACAAGCUCGCCCUCCCUAUCCCUUCUACCUGUCCAGAGCCUUUUGCCAAACUCAUGGAAGACUGCUGGAAUCCUGACCCCCACUCACGUCCAUCUUUCUCUAGUAUCCUGGACCAGCUAACGACUAUAGAAGAGUCUGGUUUCUUUGAGAUGCCCAAGGACUCCUUCCACUGCCUGCAGGAUGACUGGAAACAUGAGAUUCAGGAGAUGUUUGACCAACUCAGGGCCAAAGAAAAGGAGCUUCGAACCUGGGAAGAGGAGCUGACCCGGGCUGCGCUCCAGCAGAAGAAUCAGGAGGAGCUGCUUCGGCGUAGGGAGCAGGAGCUGGCUGAGCGGGAGAUCGACAUCCUGGAACGAGAGCUCAACAUCAUCAUCCACCAGCUGUGCCAGGAAAAGCCCCGGGUGAAGAAGCGCAAGGGCAAGUUCAGGAAGAGCCGCCUGAAGCUCAAGGACGGCAACCGCAUCAGCCUCCCCUCGGAUUUCCAGCACAAAUUCACGGUGCAGGCCUCCCCCACCAUGGAUAAAAGGAAGAGUUUGAUCAGCAACCGAUCGAGUCCUCCUGCAAGCCCCACCAUCAUCCCUCGCCUUCGAGCCAUUCAGUUGACACCAGGUGAAAGUAGUAAAACCUGGGGCCGGAGCUCAGUUGUUCCAAAAGAGGAAGGGGAAGAAGAGGAGAAGAGGGCCCCAAAGAAGAAAGGCCGGACGUGGGGACCGGGGACGCUUGGGCAGAAGGAGCUCACGUCAGGAGAUGAAGGAUCCCCUCAGAGACGGGAAAAAGCUAAUGGCUUAAGUACCCCAUCAGAGUCUCCACACUUCCACUUGGGCCUCAAGUCCUUGGUAGACGGAUACAAGCAGUGGUCAUCCAGUGCCCCCAACCUGGGGAAGGGCCCGAGGAGUAGCCCUGCCCUGCCCGGGUUCACCAGCCUUAUGGAGAUAGAGGAUGAGGAUAGUGAAGGCCCAGGAAGCGGAGAGAAUCAUCUACAGCAUUCACCCAACCAGUCCUACCUCUGUAUCCCAUUUCCUCGUGGGGAGGAUGGGGAUGGCCCCUCCAGUGAUGGAAUUCACGAGGAACCCACCCCAGUCAACUCAGCUACCAGUACCCCUCAGCUGACGCCAACCAACAGCCUCAAGCGCAGCGGGACCCACCACCGGCGCUGCGAGGUCGCUCUGCUCGGAUGUGGAGCUGUUCUGGCAGCCACAGGCCUGGGGUUUGACUUGCUGGAAGCUGGCAAGUGCCAGUUGCUUCCCCCAGAGGAACCUGAGCCACCAGCCCGGGAGGAGAAGAAGAGGCGAGAGGGUCUUUUCCAAAGGGCCAGUCGCCCUCGUCGGAGUACCAGCCCGCCCUCCCGAAAGCUCUUUAAGAAGGAAGAGCCGAUGACGUUGCUAGGAGACCCCUCUGCCUCCUUGACACUGCUGUCUCUCUCCUCCAUCUCUGAAUGCAACUCUACUCGCUCCCUACUGCGCUCUGACAGUGAUGAGAUCGUGGUGUAUGAAAUGCCAGUCAGCCCAGUUGAAGCUCCACCCCUAACCCAGUGCACCCAGAACCCCCUGGUUAAUGUCCGAGUGGAGCGCUUCAAGAGAGACCCCAACCAGUCCCUGACUCCCACCCACGUCACCCUCACAGCCCCCACGCAGCCUAGUGGUCACAGGCGGACUCCUUCUGAUGGGGCACUUAAACCAGCAGCAGCGCCCCCGGCCCUGGGCAGCAGAAGCCCCUCCAGCAAUGGAGUGAGCCCCGGUCCUGGAGCAGGCAUGUUGAAGACCCCCAGUCCCAGCCGAGACCCAGGCGAAUUCCCCCGUCUCCCUGACCCCAACGUGGUCUUUCCCCCAACUCCGAGGCGCUGGAACACACAGCGAGACUCGACCUUAGAGAGACCCAAGACGCUGGAGUUUCUGCCUCGGCCACGUCCUUCUGCCAACCGGCAGCGGCUGGACCCUUGGUGGUUUGUGUCCCCCAGCCACGCCCGCAGCGCCUCCCCAGCUAACAGCUCCAGCACAGAGACACCCAGCAACCUGGACUCCUGCUUUGCCAGCAGCAGCAGCACUGUGGAAGAGCGGCCUGGACUUCCAGCCCUGCUCCCCUUACAGGCAGGGCCACUGCCCCCUGCUGAGCGGACACUUCUGGACCUGGACGCUGAGGGACAGAGCCAGGAUAGCACUGUGCCCCUGUGCAGAACUGAACUGAAUGCACAUGGGCCUUCCCCAUAUGAGAUCCAACAGGAGUUCUGGUCUUAGUGAAAAAGGGGCAGGGUGGGCAAGGGAGAAGUUGGAGGAGGCAGAGGGAGCUGGCUGGCACAGCCCGGUCUCAGUUAGGCCCCCUGGGAUCCAGACCUCCUCCUUGCACUGAAAAUGCACUUUGAAGACGGAAGGGAUAGCAGCAGGGCCACCGGAGUCUCCUGGCCUGCAGUAUCUUUCCUCCAUGCUCACUAGAGGGGCUGUGUCAGCUCUAGCUGUGUGCAUAUGUCCCCACCCUCUGGUCUUCCUCGCCUUUAGGGUGACACAGCUGCCUCUCCUCAGCCAACUAGAGUUGUCCCGGGUUCCCUUUGUCAGCCCUGAGUCCUACCUGUUCACACAGCGCUACUGAUGUUCUGUGAUUGAUCUGACUUAUCGUCCUUUCUUCCCACGACUCAGUGUCACCUUUGGUAUUUGAUGAGUGUCUUGUGUUCCAAGUCCUUUUGUGCCAGCUGAUGGGUUUAGGUUGGCCUUAUGAAGGCCAAAGGGUUUGACAGACCUGGUACUACCACCUGUGUGAAUCUCAGUGAGGACUGAGGAUUCAGAGAUGGAGGAGAGGAGGCAGUCGGGAACAAUCCAGUCAGGCUGGGUGGGGAGGCUGAUAGAAGAACCAUGCCUUGGUUUGGUUUGGUUUGGUUUAGGUUUGGGUUUUAGAAACAAAGGCAGACAUCAGUGCCCACCACAGGGCUCCAUCCACCCCCUGGUUCAGACCCGGUUGCACCAGGUUUGAAUGUCAGCAUAUUCAUCUCAGGAAUGGCGUUUGGGAGGCACGCUCACUGACCCCGGGUUCCUGAAGUCAGGAACAAUGCCUGCAUUUGUUUGUCAUGUUGGGCUUCCCUUCUUUCCUCCAGUUCCUGGAGUCAGUGGGCUUUAGGUCAUGUGUGAUUCGCAGAUACACCUGAAGUAUGUCAACAUCAUAUGGGGUAGGGUCCUGGACCAUGAGGUAUGGAACUAUGAGGAUUCCUUCAUCCGACUGUCCAUUUUGUGAUGUCCUUGAAGUCAAUGGAACACUUGGUAAUAAUGUUUGGGUGCAGGGAGGCAGCAGUGUGAUACAGUUCCCAAGGCACCCAGUGGGCUACUGAUGCCAUCUCUGUCUCUACACAGAGAGCUUUUGUGCUGGGCCCUAUACCAUGAGCUGGGUAGUAGAGACAAAAAGGCUAGUGCUGAUGUGUUUAGUAUUUGUUUCUUAAAUGUGAAUAUUGAGCUUCAAA